AUGGCCCAGGACGCUGCUGGGAGGCCACCCGAGGAAACCCUGUCGCUCUGGAAACGGGAGCAAGACCUGCUCAAAGCCCGCGUCGUGGAUCGAGACACGGAGGCGUGGCAGCGGGAUCCCGCCUUCUCCGGCCUGCACAGGGUCGGGGGCGUGGAUGUGUCAUUUGUGAAGGGUGACAGUGUCCGAGCCUGCGCCUCUCUGGUGGUGCUCAGCUACCCUGAGCUCGAGGUGGUGUACGAGGACUGCUGCAUGGUGAGCCUGACGGCCCCCUACGUGUCGGGCUUCCUGGCCUUCCGAGAGGUGCCCUUCCUGGUGGACGCUGUGCGGCGGCUGCAGGAGAAAGAGCCUGGCCUCAUGCCCCAGGUCCUCUUUGUGGAUGGAAAUGGGGUGCUCCACCACCGAGGCUUCGGGGUGGCCUGCCACCUCGGCGUCCUCACAGACCUGCCCUGCGUCGGGGUGGCCAAGAAACUGCUGCAGGUGGACGGGCUGGAGAACGACGCCCUGCACAAGGCCAAGAUCCGCCUCCUGCGGGCCGGGGGAGAUGCCUUUCCUCUGACGGGAGGCUCCGGGAGCGUCUUGGGUAUGGCCCUGAGGAGCCACGACCAGAGCACCAAGCCCCUGUACGUCUCCGUGGGGCACAGGAUGAGCCUGGAGGCGGCCGUGCGCCUGACUCGCAGCUGCUGCCGGUUCCGCAUUCCGGAGCCCGUGCGCCAGGCUGACAUCCGCUCCCGAGACCACAUACGCAGGAGCCUAGGAGGCCCUGGGGCCCCCGUGCCCCGGCCGGGGAGCCAGAAGGCGCAGAGGCCAAAGGUGUGCCCUGAGCAAGGCCCUGGAGAGCCCACAGGUGAGGGCAGGCGCCCCGAGGCCCCCGGCCCAGACCCCAGGACACACCGGAAAGCCCCUGGCCCAGGCCCCCAGGAGCAGUAGGGUGAGGGCUGGGGGGCGAACAGGACGCCCUGAAGACUCGGCCCUACCAC